AGCCUUUCUGCAGACGGCAUUGGUCAUAGCAGCAGUGUUUGGUCCACUCGUUGGAGCGGUAGCCAAUCACAUUGCCCAAUGUGUGAUGGACACGCUGAUAGCGGCGUCUGUGCUGGCCGAACCAGUGAUCGACGCCGCUUCCCAUAGUAGUUAGUACCACCACCGCCGCUUGUCGGUGGUGAUGGAACUGGCAAAGUCAAGAGGGCAAGAGCCAGAGGACAGAACGACCCCCUUCUUUUCCUUCCUCUUCACACCUCAAAUUGAUCCGCAGCUGCUUGAACUUUCCAUCUCACUCUCAAACACCACUUUCCCCAACACAUUCCCCGCGAUCGUCCGCUGUCGGUGCCAAUCGAGUCAGACCCCCCAAUUCUGCAGCGUCUGAGGAAGCACCCCGCCCGCAGCCUGGCCCCGUUCGACAACCAGAUAGGCAGAGACGGACCGCUGCUGCCAUUGUAGACAAAGGAAAGGAAAGGACCGCAAUAUCGCAACGGCCUUGUACCUGUCGUCUUUCCCACCCACCCAAAACGUGACCGUGCUUCUCCCAUCGAACGAGGCCUGCCGAUCAUCCCGCCCAUUACCUGAACACCUGGCUGUCCGUCAACAAAGAAAAGUCGACAGCGCGCGAGCCAUUCAGACCCGAGUGCCCUGGCGUUGCACCACCCCUCGUCAUUCUCGUCAUCCCACCCCCCACAACAGUUUGCCAUUUAAGCGUUUCACCUCCACUACAUCGAAGGCGCCGGUGUGCACAGGACUCGAACCAUUGCAAUCUACAAAACAUACGAGUCGGCACACGCUGCUACACUUCCACCCUACUACCGAUUUCCCCGAAGCCACUCCCGCCCUCCUGACAGGCCAUCCUUGCCGUCUCACACGAGGACGUUAAACGCACACUUUCGUCCCUUUCGAUAUAAGUCCUGGCGUCCUCUGGCUCUUGAAGCCCCCCUCCUUCAUCAUGUCUUCAGACAACUCAUCCUCCAACAACUCCAACAACGAUAUGGCACGACAACAGAGACGCGGGUCUGUGACCUCCAACACUCUCACCAGCCUCUUCCGGAGCAAUUCCAUCUCGCAACCCUCAGUCACGGGCUUCCCCACCCCCUUGGCCACGUCCAUGCUGGACAACCAGCGCCGAAGAGUCUCUGUUGCCACCUUUGGUCUUCCAGGAACCUCUCCCACAAACACCUCUGCUGCCUUUAUGCGCCGUGCCAGCAUCUCCACCAAUUCCGAUUCCAUCAACGAGAGUGCCAUCGAGGACGGAGAUGACAUGUCCCACACCGCCCCUACCACUCCCUUCUCUCGCCGGAUGAGCCUGGGUGCCGCUCAAGCCAUGCGUGGCAUGCGUGGAGGUAACAGUCCUGGUGCAAAUGACCAAGGCUUCAACUGGUCCGAUCAGCUUAGAUCCCGUGCCGAAAGCACCGUCGCCCAAGGUGCCCGGCCCUCAUUCUCCUUUGCCUCUGGCCUCAGUGCCUCUCCUCCUCGUGGUGGACCUCCCGCCGUCUCGGCUUCGUCAAUCAAUCCUCGUCACGACCGAGCCAGAUCGGUGUCUGAUAUGCCAGCGCCGCCUGCUCAGCCGAGGCCCCGUGCCCCGCAGAAGCCGGAUCACUUCCAAGAGCGCAUCUUGAAGGGUGACUUUUACAUGGACUGAACUCCAUAACAAGGCACCGAGAGAGAAAUGUGUGUAAAAUUUUUGAGCUCAAAAGGCUUUUACCCUACGCAUGCAUCCACCCACGUCAUUUGGUUUGAGACAGGCUUUUCCAAUUUAUGGGUCCGGCUAGAUUGGGUUGGACGGGCUUUGCCUACAUGAUACAUGGCUUUAUUUGGCUUGGGAACGGAGUUCGGGUCGGCCUGUCAAUAUUUUUUGUCUGGAGUUCGUCAAGGUGUUCGGGGUCAACUUUCAGCUGGACUGGGACUCUGUGAAUGAGUCCAAUUCUUUCCCCCAAAAGGCCGGAUCAAAAAGGCAAAACAAGCAGCUACAGUGGGGUAGUUACCUUCUACUACAUUGGGAGAGGUUACGAGGUUGGGGUGUCGGUUGUUUUUAUGUUGUGAAAUGACUAGCGAGCGAGCGAACAACGUGGGAGAUGGAUGGAAUGAGAAAGAGCAGCAGCAGAUCAUGGAAUCAGACUGCAAUUUUUUUGACAUGGGGGUUUUUAUGGGUUGUUUUUUCAUGUCAUCACACCAGAGUGUAUGAAUAGGGUUCCGGGUUUUUAUCACAUGGCUGAAACUGAACUGGAUUGCCCUGGUAUGGGAAUAGGGCAGACAGAUGGGCUUAUGGGAAGGACAUGGAAACAGAUCCGACAUGGAACAAGUAUCAUUAUUUUAGGUUGACUAGCAUGCCUUCUCCUCAUAGUUACAAAUGUGAGGAAAUGAUAUUUCAACCGGGU